AUGGUCUCCGCGGAAAGCAAAUGGGCGCGAUUUUUCCUUUCGACGUUUGCGUGGGUGUUCGUUCAUAUGUGCGAUGGAAUAAUUACAAUUUCUUACAACAAAGAAGUUUUGGAUUAUAUUUUUGGCAAAUUAUUCCGUGCCAAAAUUCCUUCUCGUUUUUCAUUCAUUACAAUUACUGAUUGUGAAGCGGGACGUCUUAAAGGAUAUCUGGAAUACGCUCCAAACAUGUUCGAUAAUAAUUUCAUAAGCUUCAUUCGAUAUGGCGUAAUUGUAGAUAAUGUUAUAAUUGAGAAAACGAUUGAUGUGCUUGACAUUCCGAACAUGUACAAAGCCACUAUUGGAUAUCUAAAAUACAGAAAAUACAGCUUUAAAAUAUAUAUUAUGGCGUACUUUACAAUCGGAAACUUUGUAACAAAUAGAAUAAAUACAGCAACUGAAGGAAUAGCCAAUAGUAUGCAGUAG